CGAGUGUCAAUUAAGAUUUUGACAAUUCGACACGAUAAAUGAGUGGAUAGGAGGAUUAAUUAAACAUGAACACAAACACGAAUUGCGUCAAAAAUUAGCAGCAUAGUGUUUCCAACCAAUUUAAAUCGUAGAAACAGUUAGUUUAGUGGAGUGAGAGGGAUGAGUGAUGAGUCAUGGAAAAUUUGGAGGUCUGAGCAUGAAGCUCCCACGUGUCCCUCCCUUAACCGCCGCAAUUCCCAUGAACAUCUGCCUUCUUCCAACCACCCACCACCCUUUCACUUUCACAUCAUCCGCCAUGACUCUGGAUAGCUGCCUCACGCCGCCGCCGGAGACUACUCUUCGCAGGCACAAGCAUCCCUUCCUGUCCUCCAAAUCCGCCGAAUCUCACGCCACCAAGUCCGCCAGAGAUGCUCGCCGGAGAAGACUCGAUCUCCGCCGCAUUAAGUCAUCUCCGCCCGAUUCCUCGGAGGUGCUGCGCAGCUCAUACGGCAAGAUCUCCGUGGUCGGCCGACGGAGGGCGAUGGAUGACGCGCUGGCGGUGGAAUUAGGUUUUGUGAAGAGGGGUGGCGAGAGCUACGACUUCUUCGGCGUGUUCGAUGGGCACGAGAGGAAGCGCGUGGCGCGCGAGAUGCUGGCUGAGAUUGUUGGAGAGGAAGCUACUGAAAAAGAGGAGGUGAAAAGGAUGAGUGGCAGCGGCGUGGCGGCGGUGGUGGGGGGAAGUGAGGUGGUGGUGGCGGGUUCCAAGGCGGUGGUGUGUCGUGGAGGAGCGGCGGUGCGCCUCUUGGAGAGUGAUGAGGCGUGCGUGAGAUUUGCGAGGAGGCAUGCGGAUGAGUUCCUCAUAUUGGGGAGUGGUGGAUUUUGGGAUGGGAUUUCUGGCGACCUCGCCUGCCAGAUUGCCACCAGGUAUUGCGGCGGUGGAAGCGGCGGAGCUGAGGCCGCGGCGGCUAAGAUGGCGGAGAUGGCGCUGGCUCAAGGUAGCAGACACAAUGUUAGUGUGAUUUUGGUGGAUUUGAGAGGUGAGAAUGAUGGGAUCCCAACACCAUCAGUUUGAGCCCCUUUUUAUGUUUUUGUUUUGGUUUCUUUUAUUUUUUCCUCUCAUUUGCAUGUAAAAUACGGGAGAAUGUGAGCUUUUCAAUUCGGUUUUCUUCAACAAGAGCGUGUAACCACAAUCCUUGUAACAAUAUCAACUUCUAUAUAUAUAUAAGAUAAUAUUGCUAGUA